AUGGAGAAGAUUGACGAUACUGGUAUUAUGGGUGAUGCGUCGCUUGGGAACGACUCUGCGACGGAGGGCGAGAUUGAGGCUGCGAGGCCGAAAGAACAGGUUGAGACUGAUGAGUUGGAUUGGGAUAAUAGUCCUCAUAAUCCUUUCAAUUGGCCAGCAUGGAAGAAAGCUCUUCAAGUCGUGAUGCUAUCCUCAGCAGGUCUUCUAGCAUCAAUCGGAACAUCAAUAAUGAGUCCCGCUCGCAAAGAGCUCAUGAUCGAAUUCAACGUCAGCAGCACAGUCGCCCUCCUGCCUCUAACACUCUACGUCCUUGCCCUCGGCUUCGGGCCUGUAAUCGGCGGCCCGUUAUCAGAAACCAUAGGUCGCUAUCCUAUCUACGCAGCGAGUAUUCCUCUUGGCGCACUGUUUACUAUGGGUGCGGGCUUCGUGCACAAUAUUGGAGGUUUGGGCUUUCUGAGAUUCAUGGCGGGUUUAUGCUGGGCGCCUGUGCUGGCUGUUGCGCCGGGGACGUUGUCCGAGACGUUCACGCCGAAGAAUAGAGGACCUGUAUCGGCGGUGUUUAUCCUCAUGCCGUUUUUGGGCCCAGGAUUGGGACCUGUUAUAGGCUCUUUUGUGGUGAAUCGAAAGGGAUGGAGGUGGACGCAGUGGACGUUGGUCUUCUUUUCGAUACUGGCUAUGAUCAUCACUGCGUUCUCGCACGAGACGUUUCAUCCGGUUAUUAAAAGAAGACUUAUGAAGAAGAAGGGAAUGAAGGUUGAUCCUCCGCCACCGAUGGCUGCUCGACUCAAGAUGUUUGCCCUCGUGGCAGUUGUUCGACCUAUUCGCAUGCUUCUUCUCGAACCGAUCACCGGAUUCAUCUGCCUGUACGUUUCGGCCGAGUUUGGAACUCUUUUCAGUUUCUUCGCCGCUGUGCCGUAUACCUUUGGAAGAGUCUACCAGUUCUCCAUCGAAGAGUCAGGUCUCGUCUUCCUCUCCAUCGUCAUCGGCUGCUUUCUCGGACUCAUCACCGUUAUUCUCUGCGACGUGUUCCUGUACAGAAAACAAGCGCCGAAAUACCCCCCUCAUCAGAUCCCACCCGAGCAUCGUCUUUACCCUUCCAUGAUUGGAAGUAUCGGAUUGCCAAUUGGACUGUUCUGGUUUGCUUGGACAGCACGACCUGGCGUUUCUUGGGCAAGUCCCGCAGCAUCGAUGAUCAUUUUUGCUUGGGGAAAUCUUUGUGUGUUUGUCAGUACCAUGCAGUAUAUCACUGAUACGUAUCAUGGGAGUGUUGUCGCAAGCGCUGCUAGUGCUAACAGUCUGGCGCGGUAUGGUUUCGCAGGAGUAUUUCCGCUGUUCACUAUUCAGAUGUAUGAGAAGUUGGGUAUUGACUGGGCUAGCAGCCUUCUGGCCUUUGUUGCGCUGGCCUUGCUGCCAGUUCCGUGGGUGUUGUUCAAGUAUGGCCCGACCAUCAGGGCCAAGAGCUCCUAUGAGACAGUCAAGUUCAAUUAA